AGAAGGACCAUGUAAACAAACUUUGGUCUUUACCAAAAAAAAAAACCAAACUUUGGUCACUCGGACUCCACUUCAAAAGCUAACCCACAGACAGAGCGGAGAAUAUAGCUUCCUCCCUAUCCCCUGACAAACCCUAGUUUUACAACUACAACUAUGGAGCAAAGUAGCAGCGGCAGGAAGAAGCCGAACGUACUGGUGACGGGGACCCCGGGGACUGGCAAAACGACGGCGUCGUCGUUCCUGGCGGAAGCCACCCAGCUCCGCCACGUAAAAGUCGGGGACCUCGUCAGAGACAAGAACUUGCACGACGGCUGGGACGAACAGUUCGAAUGCCACGUCAUCAACGAAGACCUCGUGUGUGAUGAGCUUGAGGACAUGAUGGAAGAAGGGGGAAACAUUGUGGACUACCAUGGUUGUGACUUCUUUCCCGAGCGUUGGUUUGAUCGUGUGGUGGUGCUUCAAACUGAGAACUCUGUAUUGUAUGAUCGCUUGAGUAAGAGAGGUUACACUGGUGCAAAGCUCACGAACAACAUCGAAUGUGAGAUAUUUCAAGUAUUGCUGGAGGAGGCCAAAGAUAGUUAUCCAGAAGAUAUCGUGGUCGCAUUAAGGAGUGACACUAUUGAUGAUAUAAACAGGAAUGUGGCGACUCUUACGGAUUGGGUUAGGAAUUGGUGCCCAAAACCUGAAUGAUAUCAACAUCCAUGUUUUUCCUUCGUCCUAUGUAUUUUUGUAAUGUGAUGUGAACUCUUGAAGUUAUAUGCCUUGAUGGCUGAUGCAUCAUUUGGCAUGUUUUUUUUUGCCCUGUAUCUUUCUUGGAUUAGGAUAGUUAAUAGAAAUGACACUUUUUUUUUUUGUGCUAA